UUCAUUUGGCCGCAUGGCGAUGGACCCCCCGCGAAGCGGGAGGGCAGUCAUGCCCUCUGUGCUUCGUGGCGGCUGCUGUUCCAUGAAAUCUAGCCAAUGCCGCAGCUUGGCUAAACCUGCCUGUAUUUCGCCAUCUUGCUGUGUUCAUCGUGCUUGGCUCAGUAUCCAACACAGGCAGCAUUCGAGGCGCAAUUCUCCCGACUGAGGUGGACAAUGCGGCCGGACCGUUGUCGUUAUGAGUGAGGGGAGCAAAGGUGUCAGCAGUGACGCUGUGCUACCCGAAGGGCCAGUCGGAGGGGUCCCACAAGCUAAGCCACUCCAUAUCCAGAGACUAGAGAAGGCCGUCUGCCUUGAGCCCUACUUGGCUUACGUUGAGAAAAUCCUCACAGCCUCCACACCAGAGCACGGUGAAGAGGAACUUUACAAGGAAGAGGUUGGUCGUGAUGCUGUCCCACCUGACGACGAAGCCCUCAAAGAAGACGACAACCGAGACAAAGACGUCAAAACUGUCCACGGUCUGAUUACUUCCAGAGCAGAGAGGAAAGCAGACCGAAGGCGUUUGUACAAUCUGUCUAAGGUGAAGAAGAGCAGACGCUGGUUGAAAAACAUCCUCCUUAGCGACUCGUCCGAUUCCUCAGCUGUGGAAGAGGAGGACGAGGACAAGCCGUUGUCGCAGGAGGAGCUGAAGGAGAUGAUACAGCUCCACCGCUACAAACGCCAGUGCCAGAGCAAGUUCUACACAGAGGGGGAGCUACAGCAGUAUCAGUACUACAGCACCGGGCUCUUGUCCAGCUACGACAACUUCUUGGACCACAAGAAACUGGUCUUGGGUCCCAAGCAGAACAAGGAGAAGCAGAUCAAGAAGGAGAAAGUUUCACCUACACAAAGUGUUCCAAUAAUGCCAGAGGAACAGCCAGAAACAGAGAAAUUGAAAAAGGUGAACCCCAAACCCAAGAAGAAAGUGGAGGCCAAGGAGAAACCAGACAUCCAGGUGCAGGCUACGCCGCCUGCUCUGGUCAGUGCCAGCACAUCAGUGGCCCACUUCCAGGAUGCCCUGAAUCACAAGAAGCUGAUGGCAAUCAAGGACGUGGAAGCACGACGGCGUCGUGUCUGGCAUGCCAUCAUCCGGAAGGACAUCCCCAAGGCGCAGAAGCACCGGAUGUCAGUGCACAACAACAUUCUGACCAAUGCCCGCAAGCUGGCCCAGGCCUGCCAGAAAGAGCAGCGGCGGCGGGCUAUCGCCUCGCAACGUGUCUGCAAGGAGACACCGCACCGGGCCCGGCGCAUGACACGGGAGAUGACGGCCUACUGGCGCCACUACGACAAGGUGGAGAAGGAGCACCGCAAGAAGGCAGAGAAAGAAGCGCAGGAGCAGCGCCGGCUGGACGACGAAAUGAGAGAGGCAAGGAGGCAACAGCGCAAGCUGAACUUUCUGAUCACGCAGACGGAGCUUUACGCGCACUUUAUGAGCCGCAAGCUGACCGGGGAGGGGGAGGAGCAGAAGGAACGCAUCCUGAGUCGGCUGGAGGACCACCUCCCUAAGCGUCAGGUGGCCAUCCAGGGUGGAGUACUGGUGGACGUCGAGGAAGAUGACUACGAUUGCGACUUCAUGAAGCAGCAGGCUCUCUCCAAUGUGUCCUUUGCCUACACCACCCACCAGGAGAAGCAGAGAGUGUUUGAUGGAGACAGAACCAUGCCAGACACAAGUGUCUCUCAGCAAGCAUUUGACAAGGACUUUAGUCUGAGUAACCCAGCCAUGCUGCUGGAGUCAGAGCGUGCCCAGCCGGCAAUGUUCAGAGGCCAGCUGAAGAGCUACCAGUUGAAGGGGAUGAACUGGCUGGCUAACCUGUACGACUGCAGCAUCAACGGGAUCCUGGCCGACGAGAUGGGGCUUGGCAAGACGGUGCAGAGCAUCGGCUUCUUGGCACAUCUGGCAGAGAGUCAAGGUAUCUGGGGUCCCUUUCUGAUUGUUGCUCCAGCGUCGACUCUUCACAACUGGCAACAGGAGUGCGCUCGCUUUGUUCCAGGCUUCAAGGUGCUUCCGUACUGGGGCAACCCUCAGGAGCGUCGGAUCCUGCGCAAGUUCUGGAGUCAACGUCCCCUGCAGACCACCGACAGCGAGUUCCACAUCCUGAUCACCAGCUACCAGCUGGUCAUCCAGGACAUCAAGUACUUCCAGCGCAUCAAGUGGCACUACAUGAUCCUGGACGAGGCCCAGGCCAUCAAGAGCAGCUCCAGUGUGAGAUGGAAACUUCUGCUUCAGUUCAGCUGUCGGAACAGACUGUUACUCACUGGCACGCCUAUCCAGAACAGUAUGGCAGAGUUGUGGGCAUUGCUCCACUUCAUCAUGCCGACGUUGUUUGACAGCCAUGAGGAGUUUAAUGAAUGGUUCUCUAAAGACAUUGAGAGCCAUGCAGAGAGGCAGUCGGGCAUCAAUGAAGAGCAACUAUCCAGACUUCACAUGAUCCUGAAACCGUUCAUGUUGCGCAGAGUCAAGAAAGAUGUGGAGAAUGAGCUUUCCGAUAAGAUUGAGAUCCUGGUCUACUGCCAUCUAACAACAAGACAGCGCCUCUUCUAUCAGGCCCUGAGGAACAAGAUCUCCAUAGAGGACCUCCUUCAGUCCUCUUCGUCUUCUGCAGCCUCCUCCACCACCUCCCAGUCACAGAGCACGGCCAACAGUCUGAUGAACCUCGUCAUGCAGUUCAGAAAGGUGUGCAACCACCCCGAGCUGUUUGAGAGGCGCGACACUCGCUCACCGUUCUAUUGCCAGCUGGACCCACCGGUCCAUUUUGUACCACGCCUGAUCUAUCAGGAUGGUAUGGUGGACCGCCUAGACCCCACCAGGAAUAAACUUCUGCGUAGCACCUUCUCGGUCUUUGCUCCCGACUACAUCCACGCCUCUCUCUCUCCGUCCACCUCCCGCCAAGCCCGCAGCUCCUGUUUCUCCUUCGCCCGUUUCGUGGACCUGUCGCCGGCCCAGCUGCACGGCCAGCUGGUGAUGGGUCUGAUGGCUCGUUGGUUGGCCCUCUUCCUUGUCAUGAAGUCUGCCUACAGGGUCCACCAUGCUUGCCAGUGGGGUGCUGACAAAGACCACGCGAGAUACCUGGGCAGACACGGCCUUAUUCUUUGGCCCCGCUGGACCACCAGUCCCCCCAGUGUGGCCAGCAGCCCCGCCCUGCGGGACCUGGUCUUCACAGGCAACACCUCGGGCGUUGUGGCCCACCCCACUCAAACUUACUACUUCAUGCCGGAGACACCCUGGCACCGCCGGGUGCGGCUAAGCAAGGCCGGGCAGCCGGAUGCAGAUGGCGAGUCAGUGAAUGGGGACUCUGGCACACCGGACAGGUCCUCAUCUUGGAGUCCUCGGAGCAGCAGCAGUCCUCGCAGCCCCAGGAGCCCAAGAAGUCCAGCUGCUGCCAAAAGAGUCAGGCAGGGGGGCAGUAGCCACAGUGUUGGCAGUCUCUUAUCGGCCUCUGGCCAUUUCCUACCCAUCAUGUCUGACCGUCCCUCGGCUGUCCGGGUCUGCAGUCCAACAGAGUUACCAGCCUUCAUCUGUCACUACAUGCCCAAGGUUUUGGCACCACCGCUUGGCCACUACUGCAGCCACCGACAGGCCGAGUAUGACCACAGGCGAGAGGAGCUAGGCGGCUCCCUGGAUGCCUGGCUCUGUGCCCUCCACGGCUCGCCGGAUUGCUAUCAGGAUGUGCAACGGGGGCUGCUCUUCCCUCUGCCCCGGGCUGGCCUAAGUGCCGUCAGACCACACCACGGCUGGUCCAAGAUCCAGAUUCCAGAUAAACAGUAUUUAGUGACAGACUCAGGAAAGAUGUACGUCCUGGACGAGCUGCUGACGAGACUCAAGAGGGAGGGACACCGAGUCCUCAUCUACUCGCAAAUGACUCGGAUGAUUGACCUACUCGAGGAGUUCAUGUGGCAUCGGAAGCACACGUACAUGAGACUGGACGGUUCGUCCAAGAUCUCAGAUCGCAGAGACAUGGUGGCAGACUUCCAGAGCAGGUCAGACAUCUUCGUUUUCCUCCUGAGCACCCGGGCUGGGGGCCUGGGCAUCAACCUGACAGCGGCCGACACGGUCAUCUUCUACGACAGCGACUGGAACCCCACUGUGGACCAGCAGGCCAUGGACCGGGCCCACCGGCUAGGCCAGACCAAGCAGGUGACAGUAUACCGGCUGAUCUGCAAAGGGACUAUUGAGGAGAAGAUCCUGCAGAGGGCCAGAGAGAAGAGCGAGAUCCAGCGGAUGGUCAUCACCGGCGGCCAGUUCAAACCAGAGCAGCUGAAACCAAAGGAAGUGGUCUCCCUCCUUCUGGACGAUGAAGAAAUUGAAAGAAAAUUUCACGAACAACAGCGUGAAAAGAAGCUGACGGAGGAACGGAACCGAGCCAGAGACCGCAAACGCAAGAGGGAGAAGUAUGCCGAAAUGAAGAAAGAAGCAGGUAAGAAACUGAAGGCAGAUGGGGUGCCCGGUACACCGCUUGGGUCACUGGUUUCUGACGGCGCCAGUGUGUCCCUGGAUGGUGAAGACUCCUUGCUGAGCAUGGAUUCUGGAGCCCCAAGUCCCCUGAGUGUGGUGUCCGUGGGUAGCGAGACGCAGCGUCAGGCCCAGAGUUACACCCCAGUCUCCGUUGACGAGAACAGCAACGACGGGCUUGUCAUCGCUGAUGAACAGUCUGCAGACAUUGAACUGGACGAUUCUGCCAGGUCCCACCAGCCAGGCUCAGGGAAGCGAGGCCCGUCUCGGGGAGGCAAGACAACCCCCUCGCCAGGCACCAAGAGGAUUCAAGCCAGGCCCGGCAGGGUGCGCAAGGGCACAGGGGCAGCGGCCAUUGCUGGAGCCAGGGCAGGUGCGGUCGCAGGAACAGCCGCAGCCUAUGCAGCGUAUGGGUUCUCCUUCAAAGAAAAGAGCAACAGUGCGCUGGCAAUGCCUGGAGACACAGUCGGGACAACAGUCUCCCCACACCGGAAUUCAAACCCCAGUCCCAGCCCGGUACCCUCCCAGGACCCUCAGGAUGUCAAGGCCCCCACUGGCCCUUCACCGGUUCCCUCAACUUCGAGUUCAGUGUCCUCGCACCAGUCUCCAAGACGAUGAGAAGAUCAAUGAUCAACGAGACUAGUAAAAAAAAAAGAAAGAGUGCCGGGAAAGUUCUUGUCAGACAGUGUUUCAGAGUGAGACACCAGUGGCUCUGUGGUACCGGACAUUUGGAGCAUAAAUGGACGGGGUGGUGAAAUCUUGCUCCAUCCGCCUUUGGCCAGCGUCAGUACUCACCACCGCCACCAUUAUCACCAUGAUAAUCAUCAUUGUCGUCAUCAGCGUCUUCAUCACCAGGCCUUUGUAACGGAUCCACCUGCAGUCCUGCAAGGCUAUCUAACGCAGCAACCAGAGACAGAGAUAAAUCAGACACGCAGCUGCGUAGUGAUCAUCUUGAGUACAUUGCAUCACUGAGUAUCUCCCACUGAAAACAGAAAACUGGCUACAUGUAGGUCACAGAUGACUGGUAACAAAAAGCUGGAAAACUCAGCUACUGUCCACCCCUCCCCAAUCACCCCAGUUUUGUAGGUGAGAGGGUUGCAAGGUUUGAUCCUCAAAGUCUUCUCUUUUUUCAUCCCCAAAACUUCACGCUCGAUUUCACUCCCAAUUCUAAGGCAUGGCAUUAUUUUGAAGACUCACAAGAUCCUGCAUAUUGAAGUGAGCCACAAGCCACCCAAAAUGGUAUCAGUUGGAGGCCAGAAACGAUGCCUUGAGCCCUUCAGAUUUGAAGAAAGUUUCUGCCACAAUCACACCCUUGUUAAAAUAGAUUUGUAGAAGUGUAGGCCAGUAACACGGAUAAGGAAACCUGUGCUCCUAAUGAAUUUGUGAUGAAAAAUUUCCUCUUUCCAUUCCUACUCAUUUUUGCAGUGCCAGGAUCCAGUUUUACUGUGGAGUGUAUAUAGCCAAACUGAAAACUUCAAUCUGCCCAGAACCACUCACACAAUUUGUGCUGUUGUUCAUUUUUGUUUCCUUGAAGUGAAACCUGUCUGCCUUCAGCGAAUUCAUGCGCUCCAUUGCGCCCAUUAAGUUUUGCAAACAAAUGUUGUGUUGUUGUAGCAUAAAAUGACACUCGGGCCCACAAAAUCAACUUUAAUAUUGGUGUCAUUUGAACUUGGAGUAAUCUCUCUUUCCCAGCUAAAAACCGCGGGCUGUUUGGCCAUUUCGUGCAGAACCAUUCCCUUGGCAAUGCCACCCACACACCACUGGAAUACCAGUUACCGGCUCUUGUUACUUUUGAGACUGGAAUCCAGUACUACAACGUUUCUCAGACCACACUUGUGUUACUGUGGGUGUGUGGUUUAAGAGGUGAUGAUGACCACUUUGCAUGAAUGGUUUGAAUGUGACCACAGACUUCAAAAAGCAUUUUAGACAAAGGUCACUGCCACUCAUCAGAACGGCUACAUUAUUAAUCAGUUAAUCAAUCACAGUGUUUUUUCCUGUAAGGCAGUUGGUCUAGUCGGGUACCUAAGUGUGAUUUUUUUAAUAGGUUUAAACAUGGGCACAUCUUUGGAACCAGACUGAAUAACGAAAGUCACUCUAAUCUGAAAUGAAAAGAAUGAUUUUUUUCCGGAAUAUUUGAUUUGUAAGUAAUUUCUUUCAACAGGAAAUGUUGUUCCUCUUGUUCAACAAAGGUAGGGACAGUGAUGCCAUGUGCUAGCUGGUACUAUCUUCCAUUCCGCUCAGCUUAUUAAUGUCUGUUACUUCCUGGCCACAUAUUUUCUCAAUCAAUUUUGUUUCCUGUUUUCCAUUUAGCCAUGAAAAUUCUAACGGUCUUAUCUCCAGGUGACAAAUCCCCAACACUUACAGCAAAUCUCUUCCCGAAUCACCCCAACCAGUUUCCCAGAAUCUGGGUUGAUUGACACGCUGUUUGUGCCUUAAGCAUCCCUAAUAUCUUGUGUGCACUACAUGCGCUAGUAAUCAUCCUGCGAUUGUUUCUCUAACCCAGAUGUUUUUUUUAAGGUCGUUAUAUGAAAAGGUGCUCCCUUGCUUGGUGAUAUGAUCCACUUGGUCACUGCACAAUGGUUUGAGCUUAUGCUGCUUAGGUAAAGACAGAAAAGCUCCUCAGCUUGGACGAGUUUAGGAGUUGCACUUGUUGUGGACCGCUAAAUUCACAUUGUGUUUGUUGUUGGUAAAUAAUUCUUUGGUGGGGUCUUUUUCCAUCAUCCCUCCACUUUGAGAAACGGUGCUUGACCCUGUCAUUAAGCAUGUUAUAUCAGAGCCAGCAACGGGUACCAGACCCAGCUUGGAUCCAGCCCGUUGAUUUGCAGCCCUCGCGGAAAAAGAAAAUCUUAGUCCCUGCACCAUCGUGAAAAGAUCAAAGGGUUGAACAACUCUCUGAACUCUGCGCAACCUUCCUGGCCGUCGUUUGAAGUUGGGAUGAUCUGCCGACAAAAACUGUUUCACCGAUCAGUAAUGGUCAGAGGUGUUGGUUGGGUCCCAGACAUUGGCACAGCUGGCUCCGCGGAGAAAGAUCAAAUUUGAACUAGCCCCCAGAAUGGAUAUUAGAUGGACUUCAGUCUGUCUGCCAGACAGGCAUCUCUUGUCAGUGUUCAAGGAAAUGAUUUGUGGUGCCCAGAUGUCAUGAGCUUGGUGUAAUGUCAUCACAUAUAUCAAUAAAGUGAAUGGCGUUUCUUAUUUCUAAAGUGAAUCAAUGGAAGAUGAAUUACGCCUACAUCCAGUGAUUUUGAAAGUUUAACUUUUGAGAGAAAGAAGUGAUUGACUUCUCCCCCUUUUUUUUAAUGUGACUAUUCAUUGUUCUGCACUGUUGAAACUUUGUACAAAGUAACAUUGUCAUGAUAAAUAGGUAACUAGUGCCUCCGUUUGACUGACAGAAGAUAUAUUAAUUUAAUAAAUACGGAGGUCUGUUUGUUUGUUUUUCUGAUUUGUUUUAGGGUUUUUUUUGUACGUUGUGCAGAUGAUAGUUACAAAAGUGAGAAUUCAAAUACGCUUUCUUCCUCACUUUUCUUUUGAUAUGCUCUACCCCUGUUGCUUGGCUUUGAGUUAGAAAAUGACAUACAUGAUUUCAGAUGUAUUUUUUCUUUGCUUUCGGUUGGCUCUUGCAUGUACAUGUAGCUGACUGAUAGUUUGAAGAUUUCAUUCACGCUAAAUAUUUUUUGCUUACUGCUUGCAUAUGUCAUCUGGGGCUGGGUGCUGUCUCACUCUUCAGAAAACGCCACCAUUGUGGUGAUUUCCUCCCGAGUUCAUCAGUAGUUGAACAAGGAACCCUCCUCCAUAUCUUUUUACGAGCUAUGCCUGUAAGUCACCGGGCAAAAUAUUCGGACACACUGAAAGAUGAGGAAUGUUGCAAGCACAUUGGGCAUGUUUGGAGACAGUGGUGCCCAGAAAUUUUUCGGAAGGUCUUGUUAUUUUAACAGCUGCAAUCCCAGGCCCUAGUUUCUGUUGUUGAGUAUGUCCCAGUUGGGAAUGCCGUUUUCUGACGAUGAGAUUUGGAGGUUAAAAUGUAGAAGCUGUAACAAAUUAAAAUGCAUUAUUUUUUUAUAUUCAGUGAAAUGUUCAAAUACUGCACUGAUAAAGGCGAUUCGCAAUGGUGGGCCUCCAAAAGAUCGCAACUCGUUGACAAAUUAUAGUACACGAAAUCUGUCGACCCUUUCCAAAUGCGCAUUGGGUCGACAGGUUUCGCGCACUGUGAUUGGUCAAUGCAUUGCAAACUCUUGGAGGCGCACUAUUGUGAAUCGCACUAAUUAAUCACAGUCAUACCUCAGAUGCUGUCAGACGUGAGAAGUUUCUACUUUACUUAGCCAGGAACAAGGAAAAUCACAGAGUAAAUGUGGGUGAUGUAAUUUAUCCUGAGAAAUAUUCAAGAAGACGAAAAAUCACAAAAUGUUGUAAACUGAAUAGUAUCCAAUGCUGUGUGGCAACAUGAUUUGUUCACAUACUUGUAUUUCCAACAUAAGGUCAUUAACGUGUAAUGUACACACAUCAUAGCCAGAACAGAACUGCAGAAUGUUAGAUUUAUGUACAUGUACAUGUAUACCGAUUCAAAUGAUGAAUUAAAAGUCUGAUACCGAUUUCAA